CGUUCGUCCGUCCGUCCGUCUGUGCACCGUACCACUGCUUGCGAGUAAGCUAGUCAACUCUAUUAUAGUGCCGUAAGGUUCGAGGAUCUCACCAUCAUGUCUUCGAACGACGAGACGGCAGCGGACAGGAAUGUGGAGAUAUGGAAGAUUAAAAAAUUGAUAAAGAGUUUGCAAGCUGCUCGUGGCAAUGGCACCAGUAUGAUUUCCCUCAUCAUCCCACCUAAGGAUCAAAUUUCAAGAGUUGCUAAGAUGUUGGCCGAUGAGUUCGGCACUGCCUCCAACAUCAAGAGUCGAGUCAACAGACUCUCUGUCCUGUCAGCCAUCACAUCUGUACAACAACGUCUUAAGCUCUACUCCAAAGUCCCUCCAAAUGGCCUUGUCAUCUACUGCGGUACCAUCGUCACAGACGACGGCAAAGAAAAGAAAGUCAACAUUGACUUUGAGCCCUUCCGACCCAUUAAUACCUCACUGUACCUUUGCGAUAACAAAUUCCACACAGAGGCACUGACAGCAUUGCUGGCCGAUGACAACAAAUUUGGUUUCAUCGUGAUGGACGGUAACGGUGCCCUUUUUGGCACACUGUCAGGAAACACACGAGAUGUCAUGCAUAAGUUCUCCGUUGACUUACCAAAGAAACACGGUCGUGGUGGUCAGUCAGCACUGCGUUUUGCCCGUCUUCGCAUGGAGAAGAGACAUAACUACGUGCGCAAGGUCGCCGAGGUCGCAGUGACUUUAUACAUCAGUAAUGACAAACCCAACAUUGCGGGAUUGAUCCUGGCUGGAUCUGCUGAUUUUAAAACUGAACUUAGUCAAUCAGAUAUGUUUGAUCCGAGGCUACAGAAUAAAAUCUUGAAACUAGUGGAUGUCUCCUAUGGAGGUGAGAAUGGUUUCAACCAGGCUAUCGAGCUGUCGGCAGAGGUGCUGGGAAAUGUUAAGUUUAUUCAAGAGAAGAAACUCAUUGGUAAAUAUUUUGAUGAGAUCUCCCAAGACACAGGGAAGUAUUGCUUCGGUGUUGUGGACACACUCAAGGCUCUUGAGAUGGGAGCAGUGGAAAUCUUAAUCGUCUGGGAGAAUCUGGAGAUUAUGAGAUACCUCUUGAAGAACCACUCUGCUGAUGAGGAGAAGGUUCUGCACCUCACAUCUGAACAAGAGAGAGAUAGAACGUACUUCAUGGAUAAAGAUACCGGUGUCGAGCUUGAGUUAGUGGAAUCACAGCCUUUACUGGAGUGGCUUGCAAACAAUUACAAGACAUUUGGUUCCACCCUUGAAAUUAUUACAGACAGAUCACAAGAAGGGUCACAAUUCUGCAAGGGAUUUGGUGGCAUCGGAGGAAUCCUCCGCUACAGGGUGGACUUCCAACAGAUGGAAUUGGACGAUAAUGAUUUCAACGAUUUUGACGACUACUAAAGGAAAAAUAAAGAUAACGUUCUCAUACUGAGAGGUCAGAUUAAGCCCACUUUGAGGGAUGAUUAGUCAAGGGAUUAGUUGGUAUAGCUACUGUGGAUUGUACCUGGAUUGUGAAGAGAUUAGCAGAGGAUUUGCUUAAUCUUGAGCAGUGUCACUAAAAACAUUGGCCAAUGUGUGAGACUGUUAAAUAUGUACCUAUUUUAAGAAAGCCAGUUGGGCAUAAAUUUGAACCAUUAAAAUGUACCACAAUGCAGUGACACAUCUUCCCUGCCACUUGUCAAGAUGAUGCUACUUAUUAAAACAACAAAUGUAGUGUUGGUCAAAAGUUCAAACCCCAAUCUUUUGUGGGAACUGGGAAAUACUUUUUUUAAUUGUUUAAUAGUAAGAGCUGAAAACAAGUAUUCAGCCUUCUAAGAAAUUCAGGCAACUAUUAAUACCUCAUACCUUAAAUCAAAUUGUCACUCCACCCUUUAUAAUCCAUUACCAAUUUAACCCUUUAAUGUUAUAAAAUGUAUGCUGUGAUUUGCAGGAACACCAUAUUCAUUAAAAUAAUUGCUCUACAAGUUGUGGUAGUUUUGAAAGGGACAUUGGUAACAGACCUGGAAUUUAACCUUUGAAAGGGCAAGGCCAAUUUCAUUUUGCCAAGGGGCACUUCCAUUGGUUAAUCUUAAAAUCAAUGGGAAACAUUUGUAGGGGCACCAAUGCCAAGACCAAGGACAACAGAGGUCAUAGCCUCCGUGGGCUGUGUGUAAUUCUAGACCUGUGGUGAGCAACCAUUCCGCAGAUCAGCUCAUUAUCUCGUUUUGGGGGUUUCUUAGCGUUUUCAUUCAAAAAUUGAGAAACAGAGAAGAAAGUCUUGCUCUGCCUAGCACUUUUCCAUAAGUCCUGUUUUGCAUGGUUGUCUUCAGGAGGAAGCUGGCUUCUGAUGCUGCAGCCUGUCAAUCCGAGCAUACCUUUUUGAUUGUAUUAUCCAAUUGUUUAAACCACUUGUUCUUUUCAAAACCACCACAACUCAUUCUGAUAUAUGUUCAUGUAUAUAAUCGUGGUGUUACCGCAAACCUUAUUAAGUAACUCCACCAUGCAAAGGUUCACAUACUUUUUAGAAUAUUAAUCAGAAAACUGAGUUGCGUGUUACAAACUGCUUACCACCACAAGGAUCUAUGGUAUAAAUAAGGAAAACUAAUAGUUAAUGGCCCGACCCUCGAACCCAGCAGAAUCUUUCUCAAGAAAGACUGGUGGGGUCGAAAGAAAGAUUGUUAUGGGGUAGAAACAGAAUUUGCAAGGGUGGAUAUAUUGAGCCAUUAACUAUUUUUUAUAAUUAUUCAUAAUUUCCCCUUCUUGUAUAACCCCCUCCCCACUCUUUUUGAAAUUUAAAUCCGAAAAGGAAUAUACGAUUUUAUAAUCUUCGACUUUAAGAGCCGGUGCAUUCUGUUGCUUUUUUUUAUUUCUUUUUUUCUCAAAUAUAUUCCCACUUUUUUGAAUUGUAAAGCUGGAUUUAAGUUUGUGAUUUGAAUCUCCACUGUCAAGAAUUGGUAUACAUGUACUGUGGAGGAUUCCAUGGUGAGAACCGGUGACAGAGGUGGGGACCGGUUUUUAGGAUCACCUGGAAUGGAAUUUUCAAAAGAGAAGUUCUUCUGUUAAAAUGUUUUGUUCCAUUUUCCAACAAUAGGAUUGCCUUCCCUUUUUCUUGUCUGUCUAUUUCACAUAAAGGUAACUAACUGGCAUGAACCAAAGAUAUUUUAAUGGUUUUUUUCCUCUCAUAUUUGUACACUUUGGCCAAUGUUUGUUAGAUUUUGAAGCUUCUUUUAGUAUCUGAUGAGAAGAUAUGAUCAUGGAAUUUUCACAGUGAUAAUUUCUUUGGGGGUUUUAUGCAAGUACUGACUAAUAGAUGGGUGCAAACAAUGAGUUAGGAUAUGGUUUGUUUAUCACUGAUGUAGUGAUAUCACCAAGCGCUUCUGGUGAGAUUAGAAACUGUAACCCUUCUGAAGCCUUCCUUUAAUUUGAAUCUGCUAUUCAUGUGUUUGAAUUGCUUAACAUCAUGAGAAUCAAGAAAUAUACAGGUAUGCCUGUGUUAUUUUAGAACUAAGAAUCGGAAUGCUGACUGAAUCGUUAUACAGCCAUCGCCAUUGUCUUGUGCCCUAAUCUGGCACUGAUAAAACAUACAUUGUAUGCAAUGCAAAACAGGUACCUGACUUAUUAUUCUUAUUGGAGAAAAUAAAUAAGAUGGUUGCAUAUCGGAAAGUAAUGAUUACCCUCAAAAGAAAAGAAAAGUUAUUUGGAAAUUUCUGUGGUGAGUUGCCACAGUUCACUUGUAUCCAUUUUUAUACUGUGAAGUGUGGCAUUAAAUAUCUUGUGUGGUGGUUCACUGUUUAUGUAGAUUUAAUUCAAUACAGGAAAACUGUCAAGAAAGUAUUUUAUAUAUCAAGAGAGUUAUGUCAUGCUUCAACUUGAUGAUCCUCCACCUGCAAUUGGGAAAGGCCCAACUUUGGAUGGGCCCAACUUAGUGGGCCCAACUUGGGAUGGGCCCAACUGCUGAUUGGAUGGUUACUCAGGCUUUUAGGUGACACUUAACAAUGUACAUACACGUCUUUAAUAUCUACCGAACAGAGAAUGACGUUCUUAUUGUUUUAAAAACUAAUAAUUUCUUUUCUUUAAGCUACUGAAAUUUGUUGUUACAUGUAAACAACAAUAAAGAUUCAACAAGGGAAAACAAAAUAUAGAUUGACAUCAACAAAAUCAAAUAAAGGUGUGAUGUUUAUACAAUUUAUUUGUAAUAUGACUGAUGUUCAGUUGAAGGUUGAUUUUAAAAUAAAUCUUAGCAUGGGAAACUCGGUCUGAACUUGUAUCUUGGUAAAGGCUCAAUUUGAUUGUUACAAAAAAAAUGAAUGUGCUAAACAAGAAUUAGCAAAAACGGGUUAAAAACAGUUGGCAUAACAUAGCAUGCUAACUUGUAUCCUGUUUCUGCCAAGCAAGAUUUGUUUAUAGACCCCCUUGCUUAUGACAUCACAUGCCCAACCAGCUCUCUCACAGCACAGGUCAGUGAAGACCUAUCAUUGGCUGAGUGUUGUGCGCAGUAUGUCAUGCGCGCACGUUUCAAGUGCUUGACUUCAGGGGUCCAUCAGCACAAUGUCAUCACAUUGGAAAGUUGUUCCCAAAUGUUUUCCCUUUUUUUUCUGUGAUCUUCAGUCUUUGUAUUUUGAUGUAAGUAUCGUCCUAUUUUUAAAAUGAUGUAACCAGGACUUAUUUGGAACACAUUUUGAAUUAUUGCAACCAAUAAUAUUUACCACAAAUAAAGAUAUUCGGUGAUUACAUCUUA